UGACCUUAAGCGGCCAUCAUGUCACUCCUUUCUGCGCAUUUGGAGCAAAUCUCCAUAUCGUGUCGGGGCAUUGACAGUCUCCCGUUCCCACCACCCAAGAUCUUCACCAAUGCCCUCCUCUCCAAACCGGACAUUACCUCUCUCAUUCGCGACACAGAAGCCCACGAGCGCGCCCUGUUCUCCGUCCCCGCACCGCCGCCGCCGACUCAACAAACAGCAUCAGCAUCAGCAUCAGCAACAGCAGGCCGCCAGAACAAGGCCGAGGCCCCCAACCCAUCGUCCCGCCGAAAGACCGUCUUCAACGUGACGGGAGGAGAGGUUACAACCGGCCCGCCGUCCAGCUCGUCCCGCGGCGCGGGGCUCGCGGCACGCCGUAACACGGCGGUCGCCGCGGUCCUAGGCGGCGACUUGCACGCGCAGAUCGUCCGCCGCGGGGGGCAGCAGCACCAGCCGGGACAGCCGGGGGCGGACGUCGACAUCGAGGUGCUCCUGCACGGCGCCGAGAAGCUGUGCGCCGUGUACGCGUUGCCGGGCGCUCUGGAGCGGAUCCCCGCGCUGCGCCAAAAGUAUGCGCAGCAGAAGGCGACGCUGGCGUAUUACGAGGGGAAGGUGGCGGAGCAGCAGGAGGCGUUGGAGCGGAUGAACCUUGAGAGGGCCUUGGACGAGGACGAAGGGGAGGGGCAGGAGGAAGAGAAG